AUGCUCGCCAAUGGGUCUCCGAAUCAGACACCGAAUCAGCUUUCUCCAUAUCAAACACAGGAUCCAAGUUGUCAUUGUAAAGUCAAGCGUGGAUUAGAGCAAGCGGAUGUUUGGGAAUUACCGUCCUAUGCUCGAGCCGAAUCAGAUGCAAAUACGUUACAACGUGCUUGGAUUUCUAGUGGUUCAUUGUCUUUGGCAUUCUUAAAGACGUAUGGAUUGCAAUUUAUUGGACUUGGCAUUCUACACGCUAUUGUUCAAAUAUGUGACGUCAUUGGGCCGUACGUGUUAUUUCAAGGUGUGACGCUAAUAAUGCAACAAGAAGGUCAAGAUGAUCGAGAGAUAAACAAUAGCUUGAUUUAUUGGCUAGGAUUGCUAUUUGUCUCCCGACUAUUGCGUAUUUCACUAUCGACUUUUGUUCGAGUUGAGCUUCAGACGUUGAUUCUGAGACUCACGUCGGCACUACAGAGUUUAGUAGUACAAAAGGCUUUACGGCUGUCGAACGCUAUGGCUCGAGAAGCUGAUACACUUUACACCGUUGGUGUGACGCAGCUACUACACGGCGCUGCGUGUCUGCAUGAACUUUGGGCAGCGCCACUAGUUUUGACGUUGGUUUUGGCUUUCAUCGAAAAGUUUAUGGGUGUUGCCGCAUGUGGAGCUUCUCUCGGGGUACUGAUUGUGGCGCUGGUGGUGUCCCAAGUGCUAAAACAAUUUCAACUUCAUUCGUUGGAUCGACUGCGACGAACACGGGAGGACCGACGGAACUCGACGACGGAUAUGGUGCAUGUGAUGCCCGCCGUGAAAUUGUACGCAUGGGAGACGGCUGCAAGAGCACGUGUAAACGCCACGCGCGGACGUGAGCUUGCGGCUUUGUGGACCUUCCAGAUGCGAGGUGCCGUCGAAAUUGCGUUUAACUUUGUGACGCCGGCUCUGGUGACCACUGUGGCACUAGCGGUGGGGUAUCAUUCAUCCGCGCGUCCUUUUACCGCAGCAUCAGCAUUUGCUACAUUAGCACUUGUGCGUCUUAUGCACACACCGCUUCGUACUUUUGUUAAUGUAGUGCUAGGUGUUCGAGCCGCUUGGCAAUCUCUUUGCAAUCUUUCUCACUUUAUGGACCAAGAUGAAUUAAACCCGCAUGCGGUAGUCCGACGUGACAGCAUGGGGCUGAUAGCCAAGUACGACCCACAAGAUGUUGUCAUUGCUGUAGAAGACGCUACGUUGGGUUGGGCAACUACUGGUCCGGUGGUAUUCCAGCACCUGGAUGUGACGGUAGGCGCUGGUGAGUUCCUAGUGGUACAUGGGCGCCCUGGAAGUGGUAAGUCAUCUUUUCUUUCAGCACUGUUGGGCGAAAUGCAAUUGCGUGACGGAAGCGAUGGGAGUGGUGGUCGUGUAUAUGUUGCUGGCUCGGUGGCCUAUUGUCCUCAGCAGCCGUGGCUGGAACAAACUCUGUCAGUACGCGACAACGUAUUGUUUGGUCUUCCGUUUGAUCGCCAUAAGUACCAGCGUGUGCUUGACGCAUGCACACUUACCAACACAAUUGCACUGUUGCCGGCUCGAGAUCACACCCUUAUUCAAGAGUGGAUGCCAACCCUAGGAGAGCAAACGCUUGUGAGUCUUGCGCGUGCUUGUUACAGCGAUGCUGAUGUGUACCUGCUCGACGAACCACUUGCACGCUUACAAUCAAGAUCCACAGCGCGUGAAAUCUUUUCUCGCUGUUUGAUAGGACUUCUGCGCAACAAGACACGGGUAGUUGUUACUAUGCGCGCUGAGUUUAUCAACUCGGAGUUUGUAGAUAAUGCCAUCCGUUUUGAAGAUGGCGGCCGGCUUGUGCAUACCCGCGAUAUUUACAAAGCCAGGAGGCGUAAAGAGCAAGGUGAGGGCGAAGACAGCAAUGAGGAGGAAGUCGAAGAGGAGAAUUGGAUGCAUUGUUCUACUUUUGCCGUCGAUAAUGCCAGCACGUGCGAGCCACCGCAUCAUUCAUUAGUGGAACCACCAAGCAUUGAGCAACUGUCGAUCGAAAAUGCUGUUAGAACGACUCGGAAUUCUUUGAAUGAUCGUCCGCUGCGCGAGUAUCUAUCGUGCGAAACAUCAGCAGAAGCUGAAUGGGAUGAGAGUGAACAGCUGUUCAAAUCAAUUUGGGCUUACGCGCUCACUAUGGGUGGUAUUCGUGUAGCCUUAGUGUUAUUCAUGCUACUAUGCUUUUGGCAAGUGUUGCAGCUGUCGAGUGAGAUAUGGAUCGCUUACUGGAUACGUCCUAAAAGUCAAACAAGCAUGGCAGCAGAUCAGCUACUUUACGUCUCACUGGCGCUGGGCGGCGUGCUUUUUGUGCUUGGAUAUGCGCUGGGUAUUGCUAUGGCGGCAGUUGAGGGAUCACGUCGUGCCUUCUUGUGGUUGGCAUCUGCAUUCCUACAUGCUCCACUGGUUUUCUUUGAUGCCUUUGGUGCUGGGAGCGGCAGAUCAAGGUCAAUGCGCCUUAGCCUUGCUAGAAGGCGUGAGCUCGAGCGUGCCUUUACAGACACGGAUUUGACUGACUUAGAUACAAGAUUUCCUCUUGCACUCGGUUCUAUGGUGGCACUUGGAUCCUCAACUUUAGCCGCGCUGUUGACUGCCGCGGCGAUAACGCGGUACUUCGCAGUACUGAUCGUCCCAGCAAUCUACAUGUAUGUGCGGGCUGCACGGUUGUAUCCACGUCCAGCUCGUGAUCUGCUUCUCUUGGAACGUAAAGCUCGACAAGCUGCUCGGCUACAUGUUGUUGAGUCGCUUGCGGGGGCGCAUGUGGUGCGAGCCUUUGGGCUAGCGCACGUGCACCGUGUUUUGGGCCACCAUUUCUGGCUUCUAGACGUCGCUGCCCGUGAUGGUCAUCUCGGUUUACACGUUGAUCAAUGGCUUGCGCUGCGUGUCCAGCUGUACGGGGCUGUGAUGGUGGAGAUUGUAGCUGCGUUGUUGUUCUUAACGUUGCGACACAAACUGAGCGAUGGCCUGUUGGCUUUAGCUUUGUACGAAGCACUGGCGGUGGAUGGAGGAGCACUUGAGUCGCUCGUGCGGUCAUGGAUUUGGUUGAGUCCGGUAUUGCCGACAGCCGCCCGAAUUCAAGCAGCCGUGCGAGGGGCGGAAGUGAUCGCGGAAAGUGCAGCCUACUCGACUGCAGCAGCAAGACGGGCGUCAGCGCCUUUCACAGCUGUUCCGAGCGAAGUUAGUCCUUCGUUGUCGUGGCCUACGAAGGGUGAUUUGCGCUUUGACGAAGUGAGUUUUCGUGACCCGGCAGCUGCUGUUAUUGACGAGCUCACGGACAUGUUUGAGAUUGGGGACGGUGGUGCGCCGCCAUUGGCACUUAAGGGUGUAUCUUUCCGCCUACAAGCAGGGGAAAAAGUUGCCAUCCUUGAGUCGUCUGCAGCAUCUCCAGUUUCUUCGGUGGGCCGUGCACUGCUGCGUGUGCAUGAGCUGACUGCAGGGCGGAUUGUUAUAGAUGGCGUUGACAUUGCCACGUUAGGGCCUGCAUACGCUUCGCUCUCGUGUAGCGUGUGUAUCAGCUACUGCGCCCGGCGGUGCUUUGUACGAUGGCUCGGACUUGCGAGCCAUGUGGAUACUUUGGACGGGCCGUUGCCGGACGUCUCUACUCUCCGAUACAAUCCGACUAAGCGACUUCUACUGAGUCUAGCGCGUGCGCUACUGAGUGAGGCAUCUGUAGUGGCGGUAGCGUUAAACCCUGUGCUAGUUCCGCCCUGUGAAAACGAGCUUCAAUUGCACCCGGAGCCGCAUUUUGCCCUUGAUGAUGCUACACUAAAGAUUUUGCAGCGUGUGGUGUACGAAGAGCUCCGAGACGCAACCGUUUUACUGUUGUUACCAUCUGCUACAGCAUCGCCACAGCACGACCAGCUUCAGAGAGCAACUUUACUGAAUGCUGUGGACCGCGUUUUGGUUGUCGUUGAAGGUGAAAUGGCGGAGCUUCUACCACCUGUAAAACUAUCAGCAUCUGCCAUGGAUCCAGAUCAACUCGAGUCACAUGCUGAGGUUGUGGGUAGACUAAAACUGUCCGAUUUGGCACAUCCAUGGGACGAUGCAGAAGGUGCCAUUGAAAUGAAGCAAGACUAA